GGACCAUAAAAAGAUUAAAUCUCUGUAAUUUCUCAAACUUCAAUACCACUUUGGAACAACAUUUUACACGUCUGAGAACCAUGCUGGCACAGGUGGGUGGAGACUUCCAGAUGAGCAGACGGAGUAAAGCCAGACGUGCACAGAGACUGGCAGGACGCUCAGCAGCCUGAGACCCAGGAGACACGCUCCAGUUCGUGCUGCCAACAUGCUUUAUUCCGAGUUACUGAAGCUGUGGGACGAGUCUGUGCAGGCUAUGGACAGCCAGGACUGGCAAGGAGCUCUGGAGAAACUCCAGCAGGUGCAGGAGCCCACCUCCCGCAUUCUGUUCAACGCCGCCUCCGCUAACCUGGCCCUGGGACACCUGGACACGGCCCUGAAGUGUUUAGAUCUCACCAUCACCAAGGACGAGCGCUUUGCUGUUGGCUUCUUCCAGAGAGCGGCGGUGAACAUGCAGCUGGAGAGGUUGGAGGACGCUCUAUCAGACUGCAUCUGGGCUCAGAAGCACAUGAGAAAGAAUGCAGUCAUUGACUACAAGCAGCUGGGACUGCGAUUCAAGCUGUGCAGCUGGCAGGUGGUGCACAAUGCAGCGGCUGUGUACUGUCGGAUGGGCCAGUGGGAGCAGGCCAGGGAGGUGCUGCAGCAGAGGUCCACAGGAGGAGGGGGGCACCUGGAGGCUGCUCUGGACAGCAUUGAAAGGGGGGAGCUGCUGACUCCUCUGAUGGUCCCCGAGAAUCUGGUGUUCCGGCCCAGGAAACAGGAAGUCGAGCAGCUUCAGAAGAAAGACUUCCUGGGAAAACCAAAGGUGAUCUCCUCAACGAUUCCUAACGAUGAUUUUGGAGGUUUUGAACCUCUGAGGCAGCAGAGGCCGGGUUUCUACGAGCCCAAGGUGGAUGGAGCUCAAGAAUCUCGGUACAUGCGAGUGCGGACCCCGUACAUGGCUCGGGCUCCGGAGCAGCUGACUGUACCCGGGGGGGUGGUGGUGUUUUUAUUUGGGGAGGAGGACCGAGAUGGAAUGAUUAAUGUGAUCCAUGAUGGACAGAGAGGCCUGCUGCCCGUCUCCCUGCUGGAGCCCACUGAGGUCAACACCCCCAAAGCCAAAAAGGACAAUAGCAUUCCCAAUGGAAUCCCCCUCCCACCAGCACUCCAGCCUCCCGGUCGGCCUCAGGCCAGGCUGGGCCCGGCGGCUCCUCGUCGAGAUACUCCACCUCCGUCCUCCACCACUUCAGCCCACGCACCGCCUUCCUCCACUUUGCCCCCAAAGCAUGCGGCCAACACAGGACAUGAGCAGCAUUCAGGCUCGUCAGAGGAAGGGUCGGUGGUGGUGAAGGUCCACUACACAUACACGGUGGCUGUGAGCGUCCCCCUGAACACUCCCUACCACGAGCUGAAGCAGCGCGUUGCUCAGAAACUGGGCCGUCCAGCAUCUGAGCUGUGCCUCAGACACAAACAGAGAGGCUCCCAUGUGCUGAGCCCUCUGAGCGGGGAGCCUGGCUGCACCCUGCAGGACCUGGCUGUGGCCGGCAGAGCCACCCUGUGGUGCCAGAAAGAAGACCCUUUGGCCAGCCGAAACAUCCUCUACCAGAUGGUGGCACUGUACAACUAUGACGCCCAGGGUCCAGAAGACCUGGAGUUUAGUGAAGGAGACACCAUUGACAUUCUGAGUGAAGUCAAUGAGGAGUGGUUGGAGGGACAUUGUGCGGGAAACAUCGGCAUCUUCCCCAGCUGCUUUGCCUACAGGGAGAACAGCGCCGUUUACACCUCUCAGAUUUAAAGACAAAUGUUUUUCUGAAUAAUCCUGUGGCAACACCUUUGACUGUACAGGAGAACUGGACUGAGUGAGUGUGAUGUCAGCCAUAGAAACAAAAACAAGCUAAUUCUGUUGAUAUUUUUCUGUGAUACAGACAUCCAUUUGGAUCCAGAUGAGGUUAAAAAUCAGCAAUUGGUCUGAGUCAACAUUUCUAUGGCAACUACUUUAACCAAUCAGGAGGGAGCUUGUUGGAAGUCCACACCCCUUCCACUGAAAGCGGCUCAGGAGAAUCAAUCGUUUCAAAUGCUUGAGGUGGGGCCAGUGGACACCAAAGACUUUCACUGAAGCUUCUGAUUGGUCAGUUUAUAUCUUGAAUAACUUGCAAUAAAGAGAAAAUAUGAAACAAUGAGGAUUAUCAAAAGCAUGUUAAAAAGAGACACAAGAGAAAAAUGGUUAUUCUGACCAAUAGAAUG